CUUCGUUUUACAAAAAUCUACGAGUCGGCGGCGGCGGCAAAAACAACGACUCUUCUUCAUCUGAGACUAAGACCCGAUCUCGCGGCUUAGAGUAAAGUGCGAUCAUGUCAUCUCCAGAUCCAAAGACAGAGAAUUCCGACUCCCAACCUCGAAUCAACGAAGCUCCGUCAGAGGAACUCGGAGAUUCAUCAACUGUUUGGAAAGAUCCAGUAGAAUCCGGAUCUCCAAAUGAAGUAGAAGACGCAGAGGAGGAGGAAGAGGAAGGAGAGUGCGGGUUUUGCUUGUUCAUGAAAGGAGGAGGAUGCAAAGACUCGUUUGUGGCGUGGGAAGUGUGUGUGGAGGAAGCUGAGAAGAACAAGGAAGAUAUUGUUACUAAGUGUAUGGAAGUCACUAGCUCCUUGAAGAAAUGUAUGGAUGCUCAUUCCGAUUAUUACCAGCCGAUUCUCGCUGCUGAGAAAGCUGCUGAACAAGAGGUGAAGAAGGAGCUCGAAGCUGAGAAGGAGAAGGAGGAGGAAGAGGAAGUGGCGGCGAUGAAGCAAGCUCGGGGUUAA